AACAAACAUGGCAAGUAACUAAGCAAAAGAGAAGAAAAUGGGAUCAGAAACGAUUAAUCCCCCAACUCCCAAAUACCUCCAACAAGAAGAAACCCUAAGCGAAGAAGUGAAGCAUUUCAUCUCCAGCCUCCCCAAAGAAAAGGGUUGGCUUGCUUCCCAUCUCUACCAAUACCAAGGCUUCUGGUACCCCGUCCGCCACCUCGCCGGCGUCCUCUCCUGCCAAAAACACUUCCUCCCCAAACCCCACCACAUCUUCCUCGUCUCCACCCCCAAAUCCGGCACCACCUGGCUCAAAGCCAUCUCCUUCUCCCUCCUCCACCGCUCCCUCUUCCCCCCCUCCUCCCCCUCCUCCCACCCCCUCACCUCCUCCAACCCCCACUCCCUCGUCCCCUUCCUCGAGAUCCACCACUACACUGAUGGACGAAUCCCCGACCUCUCCUCCCCCCGCCUCUUCUCCACCCACCUCCCCCUCUCCUCCCUCCCCAAAUCCAUCACCAACAACAAAAUCGUCUACCUCUGUCGAAACCCCAAGGACAUCUUCGUCUCCCUCCACCACUUCACCAACGGCCUCAAGCCAAUCGAUUCCCCGGUUAACUCCAUCCGUGAAGCGUUCGACAUGUUCUGCCGCGGUGUGAGCCUUUUCGGGCCGUGCUGGGACCAUAUCCUCGGGUAUUGGGAGCUUAGCCGGGAGGAUAGCAAUAGGGUUUUGUUUCUAAAGUUUGAGGAGAUGAAGGAGAGGCCGAGGGAGGAGGUGAGGCGGCUGGCCGAGUUUCUAGGGUGCCCUUUCACGGCGGAGGAGGAGGAAAAGGGUGCUGUGGAGGAUGUUUUAAAGCUAUGUAGCUUCGAGGGUUUGAGUGGUUUGGAGGUGAACCGGAGCGGGAAGCUGGCGUCGGGCGAGGAGAAUAGGGUUUUCUUCCGGCGGGGGGUGGUCGGGGAUUGGAGGAAUUACUUGGAUCAAGAGAUGGCCGCGAGGUUCGAUCGGAUCGCGGAGGAGAAGCUCCGGGGGUCGGGGUUGGUGCUUUGAUCUUUUUUAUAUUGUACGUGUGCAGUGUGCUACUGUUAUAUUUAUUUUUUUGUGUUCAUUUUCGAUUGAAUAGUGGGUCAGAGUUUAAAUUUGUGAUUGACCACGCUAUAAUCUUUGUUUCCAGUGUGAUUUGGUGUUUGUGUGUGUUUAUUUCGUUUUAUUUAAAGAUUGUUGGUGAAAUUUGUGUCUAUUUGUAAUUUUUUUUAACUAAUACUCUAUUUAUUUUA